CUCUUCCGUAAAUAUCCAUCAACGCUUUCUCCUCUCUCUCCCUCAAUCGCCAUUAAAGAAGAAGAAUCUCUCAUCUUCUUCCAUCUUUUCUUCUCUUUAUCCUGUCCGCGUCAUCUCCUCGUAAUCCUUUCACUCUUGUUGGAACUAUCGUUUUUCUUGUGAAUCUCGAACUGAAUCGUUUGUAUUCGAAUAAUCCAUGGCUAUUUGAUGUGCAAUCACUUUGAUCCGUUUGAUUUCUGGUUCCAAUUUUGAUCGGAGGCGUUUGGAUUUGGAAGUGUAGUGGCUAGCUUCGAUCGGUGACGGAAGGUUUUUCCUAUUUAUUUUAGUCAUACUGUUAAGGCAUGAUGAGUUCUCUACAAGGUCCAGUUGUUUGCCCUUCUGUCCAAAGGAAGCAAGGAGGGAUUCAUGCAAUUCCUGCCAUUAAUGGGAGUUUGACAAAGGCUAAAGGUCUUAGAAGUGGGAUGUGGGGAUUCAGAGGUGUUUACAGUCAUCGGAUUCAUAUCCAUAAUCAAUCAAGAUCAAAGACCAAUUCCAUUACAUGCACCUUCAGUUCAUCCUCAAAUGGCAAUGGUAGCAUGGCAGAGAGUUUCAAUGAGAAUGAUUCUGAUUAUGUUGAUUCCAGUGUAGUUGAAGCUGUUGAGGUGAAGAGUGGGCCAGAGGGGUUUAUGAUUAAGAUGAGGGAUGGGAGGCAUCUAAGAUGUGCACAUAACAAUCCUCAGGGUGGCCAUGUCCCUGAUUAUGCUCCACAUCCUGCAAUUGUAUUGAAGAUGGAAGAUGGAACAGGGAUUUUACUUCCAAUUAUUGUUUUGGAGAUGCCAAGUGUAUUGCUCAUGGCUGCAAUCCGCAAUGUUCAAAUUGCUAGGCCAAGUAUGUAUCAAGUUGUGCAGGAAAUGGUUGAUAAAAUGGGAUAUAAAGUGAAGCUUGUUCGAGUAACCAAGAGAAUACACGAGGCAUAUUUUGCUCGGUUAUAUCUCACAAAGGUGGAUGAUGAAACAGAUUGUCUUAGCUUCGACCUUCGUCCAUCAGAUGCCAUCAAUAUCGCUGUGAGGUGCAAGGUCCCAAUUCAGGUGAACAAGUUCUUGGCAUAUAGUGAUGGGAUGAAGAUUGUUGAAUCUGCAAAACCUUCACUUCAUGGAUCUUCUUCUUCAGAUGGUUUGAUAUUUAAAGAACUCGAUAGACCAAGUGGUCAGCCUUGUGUGGAAACCAAGGAGUUUAAUCUUAUUCGGAAUAUGCUUAUUGCUGCGGUCGAGGAACGUUACAGGGAUGCUGCACAAUGGAGGGAUAAGCUCACUAAACUUCGAUCCAAGAGGAACUGGGCAUAACAGGAGGAUAUUAUUUGUGUACAUAAUUGGUCUGUUGUGUUGGUGUCUCAAGUAAUUAUGACCGGGGUUUCUUUAGUUGAAAAUAUGUAUGUGUAUGAAACAUUGUAAAUAUGUGGUUAUGUCGUGUAGGGCUAUGUACUUUUAUGGACGUUUAUGUUUCAUGUUUUGUUGAUGAUGCAUAUUUGCAUGGUUUCGACAUAUCAUUUUAAGAAAUGAAAUAUACACCAACCAAUUUAGUCA